UCAGUGUCUGAUGACGAACUUCCCCACGAAUCACUAUCACUCAAUUCUGCAAGUGGUUCUGAUUUACUAUCGCUGUUCUCUAGCUGGUCUAAAACCGAUUUUGACCUAAAGGGACGCUUUUUGGACGCCGUGGACUUUCUCAGUUUCCAGGCAGAAAGAACGGUAAAAAUGCAGGCAGGGCACAGGACAAAGCACUAGGGACAAAAUGUAUGUGAAAUGGUUUGAUACAGUAAUGUUUUACUAUGUGACUUUAGUGUAUUGACAAAAAUGUCAUCUUUUAAAAAUUUCAAAUUUCCCGCCGGUUCCACCGCCCGACCCCCCGAAACGUUCCGACGUCACAGGGACCGGAACACGGAAGCCAGAUGCCGGCAUCCGCCGGAGGAGGAGAUGGACGGGGACACUGCAGGGGGACCCA